CAGAGAGACGGCUAGGAAACUAGGAAACCCAGAACCGCACAUUCCCGCGUCUUGGAACCCCGAUCCACAACCCCUCCCCCGCCUCCCCUCAGUCGCUCCCCUCUACCCCGGGGGGCCCCGCACACCCAGGACGGGGGGGAGGAGGAGGCCUCGUCCCCAGCCCCGCACCAGGAGGCGCGCUCGGAGGGAAGCCGCCAGCGCGCCGCCUCUGCCCCUGCCCCGGCGCGCGGAACAAACGGUUAAAGAUUUUUUUGGGCAGCGCCUCGAAGGGGGGAGGAGCCAGGGGCCCGGUCCGCAAUUAAAGAUGAACUUUGGGUGAACUAAUUUGUCCGACCAAGCGGAGGAAGUUUCUGCAGAUGAAGCGCAGGAAAUACGGCUUCGUCUACAAGACGCAUCUGUUUGGGCGGCCCACGGUGCGGGUGAUGGGCGCGGACAAUGUGCGGCGCAUCCUGCUGGGGGAGCACCGCCUGGUGGCGGUGCACUGGCCCGCGUCGGUGCGCACCAUCCUGGGCGCCGGCUGCCUCUCCAACCUGCACGAUUCUUCGCACAAGCAGCGGAAGAAGGUGAUUAUGCAGGCCUUCAGCCGAGAGGCGCUCCAGGGCUACGUGCCCGUGGUCGCCGAGGAGGUGGGCGGCUGUCUGGAGCAGUGGCUGAGCUGCGGCGAGCGUGGCCUGCUGGUCUACCCCGAGGUGAAGCGCCUCAUGUUCCGCAUCGCCAUGCGCAUCCUGCUGGGCUGCGAGCCGGGGCCGGCGGGCGGCGGGGAGGACGAGCAGCAGCUGGUGGAGGCCUUCGAGGAGAUGACGCGCAACCUCUUCUCUCUCCCCAUCGACGUGCCCUUCAGCGGGCUGUACCGGGGCGUGAAGGCGCGGAACCUCAUCCACGCGCGCAUCGAGGAAAACAUCCGCGCCAAGAUCCGCCGGCUCCGGGCCGCGGAGCCAGCCGGGGGCCGGAAGGACGCGCUGCAGCUCCUCAUCGAGCACUCCUGGGAGAGGGGCGAAAGGCUGGAUAUGCAGGCUCUGAAGGAGUCGUCGACAGAGCUCCUCUUCGGUGGCCACGAGACCACCGCCAGUGCGGCCACCUCGCUGAUCACCUACCUGGGACUCCACCCACAGGUCCUCCAGAGAGUUCGGGAAGAGAUAAAGAGCAAGGGCUUACUCUGCAAGAGCAAUCAGGACAGCAAGUUAGACAUGGAAACUCUGGAGCAGCUUAAAUACACUGGCUGCGUUAUUAAGGAGACCCUUCGACUGAACCCCCCAGUUCCAGGAGGGUUUCGGGUUGCUCUGAAGACCUUUGAGUUGAAUGGUUACCAGAUCCCCAAAGGUUGGAAUGUUAUUUACAGCAUCUGUGACACUCAUGAUGUGGCGGAUAUCUUCACCAACAAGGAGGAGUUUAAUCCUGACCGAUUUAUACAGCCUCAUCCAGAGGAUGUUUCCAGGUUCAGCUUCAUUCCAUUUGGAGGAGGUCUCCGGAGCUGCGUAGGCAAAGAGUUCGCAAAACUUCUUCUUAAGAUAUUCACAGUGGAGUUGGCCAGGCAUUGCGACUGGCAGCUUCUAAACGGACCUCCUACGAUGAAAACAAGCCCCACCGUGUACCCUGUGGACAAUCUUCCUGCAAGAUUCACCCACUUCCAGGGAGAUAUCUGAGAGCUACUUCAAUUCUUGGACUAAUUCGAAAUGUACAUUUUUUUAAAAAUAAUGUCAUGUUGCCUUUAUUUAAUUUCUAAAUGUAUAGUAUAAUAUUUAUGUGUCUCUACCACAGCCCCCACGUUUUUAAAUAUUAAAAGAAUGAGUUUGUAUGAUUUCCAAAUAAAGUAAAAUUAAAAAGUUCA